AUGUCUAGAGGGUUCAAAUUAAUUGUUGUAACCAAGAGCUUGCAAGGUACAGGCUUGUUUGGCUCCAUGUUGCUCUCAUGCUUCUUCAUUUCCGUACUAAUUGAAUACAAACGUGACCUUUCUGUUCAACUCCUGCUGUGCUGUGGUUUCCUCUUCAUUCUUCAAGUUGGUUUCUGUUGGAGUUCUUUAUUUCUUUUCUGUUUUGUGGGGUUCAUUUGUGUUACGGCAGAAGCUGCUGUGAAACAAUACCAGUUCAACAUUCAAGUGAAGAAUGUUAGCAGGCUGUGCCAUGCCAAGCCCAUUGUGACAGUGAAUGGGAUGUUCCCAGGACCUACAGUUUAUGUUAGAGAAGGAGACAGAGUUCUUGUUAAUGUCACCAACAACGCACAGUAUAACAUGUCCAUUCAUUGGCAUGGAUUGAAGCAAUUUCGUAAUGGGUGGGCGGAUGGGCCUGCUUAUAUAACACAGUGUCCGGUCCAGACAGGGAGCAGUUACACAUAUGAUUUCAACGUAACGGGGCAAAGAGGAACAUUAUGGUGGCACGCUCAUAUCUUUUGGCUAAGGGCCACAGUCAAUGGUGCUAUUGUUAUCAUGCCCAAACAAGGGACACCAUUUCCUUUCCCUCAACCUACUAUGGAAACUAAUAUAAUCUUAGGAGAAUGGUGGAAUGCUGAUGUUGAAGAGCUAGUUAAACAAGGGAACAAGCAGGGUUUGCCACCACAAACAUCAGAUGCACAUACAAUUAAUGGAAAGCCAGGGCCGCUUUUCCCGUGUUCUGAGAAAUAUACAUUUGCCAUGGAGGUUGAGCAGGGAAAGACUUACCUUUUGAGAAUCAUCAAUGCUGCACUCAACGACGAGCUUUUCUUUGCCAUUGCUGGCCACAACAUGACAGUAGUAGAGAUUGAUGCGGUCUACACCAAGCCCUUUACAACAAAUGCACUGUUAAUUGCACCUGGCCAGACCACUAAUGUUCUUGUUCAAGCCAACCAAGCCCCCGGGCGGUACUUCAUGGCUGCUAGGCCUUUCAUGGAUGCACCUGUCACCGUAGACAACAAAACUGCCACAGCCAUUCUUCAAUACAAAGGCAUUCCAAACACACAAGUCCCAGUUCUUCCUCAGCUGCCAGCACCCAAUAAUACAGCCUUCACUUUGAGCUACAAUGCCAAGCUUCGAAGCUUAAACUCUCCAGUGUUCCCAGCCAAUGUGCCUCUCAAUGUUGAUCGGCAUUUGUUCUACACAAUUGGAUUGGGAGUAAACCCAUGCCCAACUUGCCAAAAUGGAACAAGACUCACCGCUUCCUUGAAUAAUAUCACUUUUGCGAUGCCCAAAAUAGGCCUUCUCCAAGCACAUUACUUCAACCUCAAGAGGGUAUUUAGAACAGACUUCCCAGACCAGCCUCCAAAGCCUUUCAAUUAUACGGGUGCUCCACUCAACGCCAACCUUGGCACUUCUGUGGGCACCAGGCUUAGUAAGAUUGCUUUUAACUCAACAGUAGAGCUGGUUUUGCAAGACACCAAUCUUCUCACUGUUGAGUCCCAUCCGUUCCAUCUCCAUGGCUACAAUUUCUUUGUUGUUGGGACUGGAAUUGGGAAUUUUGAUCGUGCGAAAGACCCGGCAAAGUUCAACUACGUGGAUCCUCCCGAAAGAAACACAGUUGGAGUUCCCACUGGUGGUUGGGUGGCUAUAAGGUUCAGAGCUGACAAUCCAGGUGUGUGGUUCAUGCACUGUCACUUGGAGCUCCAUACUGGCUGGGGAUUGAAGAUGGCUUUUGUGGUGGAGAAUGGAGAAGGCCCAGAUCAGUCCAUUUUGCCUCCACCUAAAGAUCUUCCUCCUUGCUAG